CGUAACAUUAACAUAGAGACAGAGUAAAGUACUCGUACAUAUUUUAUACAUAACUUUCUCGUACCGUAUUUUACUAACUAUGCACAGAGGUGCAAUAGUACUUGUUUUCCAUCUUAAUUAAUAAAUAAUAAAAUUGAAUUUAUAUUUGUAAAUGAUAUAUUGCUUACACAAAGAGUGUAGAUUCCAAGUUUUCUCCCACUGAACUAAUAAUUGAUUUUUGAAAUUGAUCAUUGUUCAUCACCUAAAAUCAACCAAUUGUUAAGAUAUGAUUCACUCCGCAUAUUAUAUCACUCCUCUCAAUAUUAGUUAAGCUGGAAAACAAGUACUAGUGCACUCUGUGUUUUUAAUAUUAUUAUCUCCUUUUCAAUUAAUAAAAAAUAUAUAAAAAGUAUAAUAAAAAAAAUGUAAAGAGGCAGCACUGUUUGGGCUGCUCUCCGUCCGUCCAAGAAAAGAAAUAGUUUCCGUCCGAUUUCCGUCCCUUCCUAAUCCAAAUAAGUUUAAUAAUAUCCAUUGAACCAAUGAUAUGGUGCUACGUCAAUAGGUGGCAGCCAUGGGCUGCAACCCAGACAGCAGCCAAGCAUCGCCCUUUUUAAUAUUCUUCUUUACUGAUUGAUAAUGAAACGCAGAUUACAUAUUUAUAGCGAAUAUAGGAAAACCCUACUAAUAAACCUCAUUCUACUAGAAUACUACUAACCAUAAUAAGAAUUACCCUAUUAGUAAUAAUAAUAAUAAUAAAUACAGAAACACUAACAAAGUAGAGUCGGUUUCCAUCAACUUGGGCUGGCUAUAGAUAGCCUUUUUUCCCCGCCAAGGACUCCUUAUUUCCUUUUAUGUAAACGCAGGCAGGGAUAAGGGGAGGGCAUGCAUGUGAUGGUUCGAUUCGAUGCCAGAGGAUUCCUUUGAUCGCCAGCUUCUCGUGAUUGUCACGCCGGCCGGCGUGCCACCGGUUGUAUCGGGUUCAACCAGUACCGGUCAUAAAACCGGCGUGACAUCAUCGGUAUGACCGGCAUGAUCGAUAUACGAAUCUCUAAGUAAAAUAACCUUAUUUUAGAGAAUUUAAUUGAUAAAAAUUAUUUUAUUAUUUAUUUUAUGAGUAUAAAAGUUAAAUAUUGAUGUUAUUUGUUGGAUUCAAAUAUAAAUUUUAGGUAUUGACGUUAAAAGUCAUGUUUAAAUAUGAGUAUUUAUAAUUUUAAUUGUAAUAUUGACCGGCAUGAACCGGCACAAACCGGUAUGUGCCACCGGUUAAACCAUUCCACUUGCUAAACCGGCACACUGACAUAAAUCGGUUUGACAACCUUGCGUGACUCCCUGCCACAUUAAUUAGAUUCCCAUAUAUUAGGAAACAAUAGCAGACAUAGUACUUGAAAUGUUCAAGUUUCCGGGGGAAUUUUUUUUUUAACUUAAACGACCGUGGUGAGUGAAAGAAAGAGUUGAUUCGAUGGCGAGAGUGACAAUAGAUAUUUACUAGCCUAGUGCCCGGCCCGAUGGCCGGAUGCAGCUGAGUUGAGUAACGUACAAUAGUUUGAGAUGUAAAUUAGGUGUGUAAAUUUUUCGGGCACCCCGAAAGUGUGAGAAUAGGGGAUCCCGUUUUUUUCAUUGUUGCUAUUAUAGUAUGGGUAGUCACUAUUCAUUUAUCUUCUAAUUAUCCCGUUUUUUCCUUUCAUUCGAACAAUGUGAGGGUAAAUAUGCAGUUGGUGUAGUGGAAGACAUAGAAAAACGAAGGGGAAAUUAGGUGCAGUGCAUAUUGAUUUGCAUACGUACCAAGAUCUGAACUAAAUGGAAGACAUACAUGUACUUGAAAUCACAGAAGUAUCUGUUCUUCAAAGUCAGAAUAUAACUACUACAUAACAAUAUAAAUGUAAUUCUUCUACUACCGAAAAGAUGAAAUGCACAAAAUAACAUUGGAAUUCAUAUCUUCUAGUUCUGCCUUCCCUUGAUUCUUACUCAGACAACCAGAUGAUUCAUCCCUUAGUCUUACCAGCUGAAAUAAUAACAGAAGUAGAAGCUAAUUAUUAAAUGUAAAGCCUCAGUUGUGUUAAUAAAUAGCAAUAUUCUCCUGUAUUUGAAAUAAAAAAGGCAAGACAUGUACCUUCGUCGAAUGCAAAACGAGGACAGUGUUUAUAGGUUCAGUUUAAGAUCCAGUAAUGGUUGAAAUGCUUUUGGAUGCCAAAUUGCAAACAUGCGAAUAUGUGGUUCAACUUCAUAUUCUGAUCCAAUGAUGUAUAAUUCUGCCAUGAAUUUGAUGUUACAGCAUUCUUUCAGCAACUGAACUCGCUUGUCAUAUGGUAUUUUUUGAAACUUGAUCGGUGGCUUACGAAGCAGAGCAAGAGCAGGUCCAUGAUCCAGAAUGACCUUUGCCUUGUGAUUUCCUGAUUCACAUUCAGCCUGCAGUUCAUAGAAUAAUCUGAAGAAAUAUGUAAAUUAGAUGCAUUUAAACAAUGUAUAGUAGUUUUAUAAUAGGAUUUCUCCAAUAAAAAAGUUUUAUAAUAGGGAAUAAAAAAGCAAAGGUAUUUGGAAAUACUCAGUGCCUCCAGGAAAAACUUGACGGGUCACAGAACCAAGGUCGAAUUUGACUAUUUUCAAUUUGCACCGAUAGAGUAUCUGUCAUAUAGUUUGAUAUAGGAGAAAGACAAAAAAUAGAAUUUAGGCGUAUUUGAAAACACUGCUACUAUUGACAGUCAAUUUGAAACUUAUUUAUAUUUGUCAAAUAUACUUCCUUGACAAAUGUAUAACAGAGUAUAGAAGGUAAUGACAGUUACCUCUGUUUCUUCUUCUCCUAAAGGCAGCUUGUUCGUCAAUUCUAAUAAUGAGAUUCUGAGCGGAAUGUUGCGCCGAAGGUAUCCAAUACGCUAUUUUGAUUUGUAGUCAAUGAUAUCCACAGGCAGUCUGUUAGGAAAGAACCUAGAAUGUUUUGGAGGUUAAAUUAGACAACUUAUAGGGAAAAAGAUGCAAAAUAUAUUAAAAAUGAACAUAUAAUUAUAACAGUUUACUUGUUCAUUAAAUCUUUGGUCAUCUCAUUGUACGGAUGUACAAUAAGACGACUUCCCGGAGAUGUUACGAAAUAGAACUGUGGAAUAUGGUCAAAUUCGUGCAUGUUUCGGGUGAGUGCUGUUGCUGUCACAACCAGAGGAUAAUGAACUUCUUUGGCAGUAACACUUUCAAUGAAAUCUUUAAUUCUUGUGCCAAUAUAGCUCACAAGUCCUUUGUUUCCACUAAAAAGUUGGAAAACGGAGUAUAAGUAUGAUUAUAGACUAAUCUUGAUUCAGUAAGACAUUAUAGUAACUAAUUAUAAGUGGUACCUCAUAUCUUCAAGAUGAAUCUGGAACAUAGAUAUAUCAGAACUGACUUUAGUUGGUUCGGUGAUAUGUGUUACACAUCCUGUGAAAUCUGAAAUAUGAAAAUGUUUUAGUUGUUUUGUUCUAUGUGAUCUUUGGAAUAUACAAUCUUUAGCACAUCAAUUUCUAAUACAAUCUGUUGAAAUCAGUGGGUUAAGUAUAAACAAUGAAUACCUGAGAAGCAAGGUGGAAGACUUCUUGAAGAACUACUGCCAUUGAAAGGACUUUGAAAAAAACAAUUAUCUGGAAAAUGCAUUGUGCUCCGAUAUUCAAUCAUCGCUUUCAAUGAAGAUUCCUUUGUAAAAUACAAUCUCAAAUCGAAAGGUGCAGUGCGACGUUUAAAUCUAGCUGGUAUGACAGUUGGAUUCAUCAUGGUAUAGAGACAACCAAUCUCAAUGUCUUUGCAAAUAUGAACAGAAUCUUCAUGGGUUAUAUUUGCUUCCAUAAGUUGUCCCUAAAGGAGUUAAAAUGUUACAAAUGAGCUAAAAGUAACUGUAAUGUGAUAAGAGUGAAACCAGUAGGUGUUUAAUGUUUAGAAAUAUACCUCUUUAUCUAACCCAAGCAUAUGCAUUGAGGUAAUAGAUCUAGUUCCAUCUGACUCACAUUCUGACCACAUGUUUAACAGUCUAGCCAUGAGGAAAUGGUUGCUUGUUCCAAGACGAAGUUCACGAAAGGUUGUCGAUUCAGCCAUUACAUCUAAAAGCAAAAGGGAAACUGAGUCAUUACAUCUAAAAGCAUUCGGACACACCUCUUUUCAACUAAUUGUAAGAUACCAUGUGAGUCUUGCGGCAACAUUUUCCCUUCUGUUGUCGCCCAAAAUAGCAGAUCGGGUUUUGAUAGAGUUUUGGGGCAGAAAUAACUUCUUGCUCGAACUGUGAAAGAAGACAAAAUGAAGAAAACAAAGAAAAAAGAAAUAGAAAGAAUAAAAUGAAUAUGUAAUACUUGCCAGUAUGUAGAUUCCCUAUGGGGUCGAAUGUGGGAGAUGGGCGACUAGCACGGCUGCAGCUGCGCCGUAUUUAUUCUAGGGUUUCUCUUUCGACAAAACCAGCAGGCGAAGGAGAGAAACAGCAGCAGUUGUUUAUUUUUCCCAAACAGUACCACUUUCAGCUGAUGGAGGUGUUUUUAUAUGGGCCAUUUUGCUGGUUAUGUAUGUGAACAGCGGCCACAGAUCGAUUGGGCUUUCAUUUUUGGCCUUUUUUUUUGUUAAAUAAUUAAGAGGCUUUUAAGUUUUGGGUUUUUUGUUUUAAAUUAUUAAUAGGCUAUUAAGUUUUGGGCCGAUGUUUUGUGAAAUGAAGAGCAGCAUUUUAUUCUUGUCUGAAGGCAUGUGCAGUUCUAGAGAGCAAGGAAUUGAAUCUUAGUGGAAUUAUGUGUUUUGAACUGCAAAUCACGUAACGUGCGUCGUCGAUGUUGAAAGAUAUUCGUAAGAAAGAGAGUUAGAACAUUCAGAGGAACGAAGAUAACUACAACUACUAUUGGAUUCCAAUCUUCAACAUACUAUUAAUUAAAGAAAGGCUAAGUACAUAUUUAUAGGCAUAGAAGCCUCUACCUUAUCAUACAUAGAACAUGACUCCUACUACUAUAAGGGAAUUACUAACUGUUUGAGCCUGGAAUGUACCAGGCGUUUGAUGAUGAACGAGUAAGGCGCCUGUUCCAGCGGGUGGGUGUACUCCAAGCUCCUGCAAAACAAGGGUCUGUGGGCGGUCACCCCGGACACCCUCUGAUGCUAAAGUUAGAAAGAGAAGGGAGAUUUGUGUUUAUGUUUAGAGAGAGAGAGAGUAGUUGAGUUACUAUCAAUGGAGGUAUGAAUGUAUUUAUAGUCCGUUAGGUCGAGUAUAAGGUAUUAAAUGCUGUGUCAGGCGCCCUAGAUACGCCUUGCUUUAUCUGGACUGCCCGUCAUGAGCAAUUAAUGCUAAGUUUUGCAGUAUUCGAGGUGAGUAUCCUAGGAAGAUCUACUUUUCCUGCCACCAACGGUACUCUGUGUCGGGCGGCCUACUCCCUGUCCCAUCGUAGUGUGGCUGCCUGCCGUUCUCCGUUCCCUAUGCCCCUUUUUUGGACCCUCACUGGGCCUCGUUCGAGCCCUUCCUUUAGGCCUUACCUGGCCUACUCCUCAUGGGCCCUAAGCCCAAUACUGCUCAACUAUGGGUCCAACAAUUUUCCUUUAAUCGGGAAAAGCUACGGGUUUUGGCGGCUACUAAUCUUGCCGAUGGUAGAUGAGCGGUCUUUUUCGCAUCCGCUGCCCACACCUUGCCCCUGGCCUCCCAAGAAACGGAGAUUUUCCACCUAUCGCCUGAUAAUCCUUCAUAAUGGGAACCACCCGAUGUUCACAUGCCCUUGUUGUUGUUCCUACCAGCUUCAGUAAACGCGAUCGGUUGCGCUGUCCACCCCUCCUUUGACACGCGUACUAUAUAGUGCGCUCCUCUUCUAUCCUCGCAUUGUGAUUUCCGAGUGCUUGCACUGUCCACCCCUUUUUAGUUCGCGAGCGACUCAACGCGGCUCGCUUUGAUAAUCCGCCCUUGCUGUUGUUCGGUCCUAGCUUCAGCAAACGCGAUGAUCGGUUGCGCUGUCCACCCCUCUUUUGACACGCACACCCUAAGUUAUUCCUCUGUUGGCCGCACAGUGUGAUUUUCGAGUGCUUGCACUGUCCACCCCCCUUUUUAGUUCGCGAGCGGCUCAACGCGGUUCGCUUCCAUAACUUUACUUUGUAUUUUUGUGUUUACACUGUGCGCCCUCUCGACUACUGUCAACCCGACUGCGCUUAACGCGAUUCGCCUUUGAUUGCUUUUGCCGAUUCAACUUCCGCAACUUGUCGUACCGCUUGCAUGUCCUUCCGCGUGUCGGUUCUUGGGAGUUGGGCUCUGACAUGGGCAGCCCCCACGUCCAAUCAGUUGCUCGUAUUUUUGAACUUCCGAGACUAGGGUUUGUCUCGGUCACUCAACCGUCGCUUCGUUGCCCCCCCCCCCCCACGUCCAAUCAGUUGACCGUAUUUUUUAAUUUUCGAGACUAGGGUUUGUCUCGGUCACUCAACCGUCGCUUUGUUGCCCGUAUUUUUGAAUUUCCGGGAUCCACCUUAAUUUCAAGAGAAAAUAAAAAAAGGUAUAUAAUUUGAGCACUUAUACUAUGCUUUAAAGUACAACUUGAAGUUGUAUCAUAACGUUAAAGGUAUAAAUUAGAGUUGUACCAUAAGAGAAUUUGACCUUUGUGUUGUGCUACAACUUCAACUCUUCAAAUCGUACCAUAACUUAAAUAUACAACUUUAAUUUGUACCAUAAAUGGAUUUUAUAAAAGAGUAUAGGUACAGUUUAUAGUUGUACCAUAAAAGUAAAAACUAAAAUAUCAGUGCUUUAAAACAUUGUAAAAUUUCUCAAUUUAGGGGUUCUUCUAAUGGACAUUAAGUAACUAUUUGGAAUGGGAUAAAGGUAACACUUUUGAGGUUUGGUCUAUAAUAUGAAAUCCGAAAAUAAGGAUGAACAUCGGCUUGAGUUCAAGUCCUUAAGGCUAAUUUUUUAAGAAAAAUCUUAAAGCCUU